UCCGAGGGUAUAAAAUGCAGCAACUUAGUUCGGCAGCAUUUCCGAGACAGAGUUCCUCCGGUGCACUCUCUCCGCCUGAUCUCGCGGCAUUGAUUGGCCGAAAAUAUUGAUCACUGGAUCCAGAAGAAGUGCGUCUGGUCUCAUUCAGAGUUGAAGAGUUCCCACCGCCGCGUCUCUUGAGCCGGGCAGGAGUUCCUCCCUGCCGCGUCUCCUGCGCACCGCGCCAUGGCCGGGGACGGAGUGGACCAGCGCGCCCUGCAGUAUGAGCAGACUCUGAUGUAUGGGCGCUACACCCAGGAGCUGGGGGUGUAUGCCAAGGAGGAGGCGGCUCGCCUGCGGGAAGGAGGCCAGCGCCGCUCCGUCGGCCGCUCCUUGGACCUGCUGGAGUAUGACAAGGGACGCUGUGCCAAGUGUCGCAUCUGCACGGUGCGCUGCCAGAAGUUCCUGAUCUCGCGGGUGGGCGAGGAUUGGAUCUUCCUCAUCCUCCUGGGGCUGCUGAUGGCACUCGUUAGCUGGGCGGUGGACUUCUGCAUCGCCAUCUGCCUCCAAGCACAGAAGUGGAUGUAUGGCGGUCUGGACAGUAAUGUGUUCCUGCAGUACCUGGCCUGGGUCACCUACCCUGUGGUGCUCAUCACCUUCUCUGCUGGCUUCACCCAGAUCCUUGCUCCGCAGGCCGUCGGGUCCGGCAUCCCGGAGAUGAAGACCAUCCUUCGGGGUGUGGUGCUGAAGGAAUACCUCACGUUCAAGACCUUUGUGGCCAAAGUCAUCGGCCUCACCUGUGCUUUGGGCAGUGGCAUGCCCUUAGGCAAGGAGGGUCCGUUUGUGCACAUCGCCAGCCUGUGUGCAGCCCUCCUCAGCAGGUUCAUGUCACUGUUUGGUGGAAUCUAUGAGAAUGAGUCGAGAAACAUUGAGAUGCUGGCGGCGGCCUGUGCGGUUGGGGUGGGCUGCUGCUUUGCUGCCCCUAUAGGAGGGGUGCUGUUCAGUAUUGAGGUCACCUCCACCUUCUUUGCGGUGAGGAACUAUUGGAGAGGCUUCUUUGCAGCCACCUUCAGCGCCUUCAUCUUCCGGGUGCUGGCCGUGUGGAACAGAGACGAAGAGACCAUUACAGCCCUUUUCAAAACCCGCUUCCGUCUAGACUUCCCCUUCGACCUCCAGGAGCUGCCUGCCUUCGCUGUCAUCGGCAUUGCCAGUGGUUUUGGCGGGGCUCUCUUUGUCUACCUGAACCGCCUCAUCGUGCAGUUCAUCAGAAAGCAGAAGGCUAUCAACAAGUUCCUCAUGAAGAAGCGCCUGCUCUACCCCGCCCUCGUCACUCUGCUGGUGUCCACCUUAACCUUCCCCCCGGGCUUCGGACAGUUCAUGGCCGGCAAGCUUACCCAGAAGGAGGCGCUGGUGACCCUGCUGGACAACAGGACGUGGGCCAAGCAAGGCAUCGCGGAGGACUUUGACUACCUGGGCCACCUGCAGGCCUGGCAGCACCCGCAGGUCAACGUGUUCGUCACACUGGUCCUCUUCAUCGUCAUGAAGUUCUGGAUGUCUGCCUUGGCCACCACCAUCCCCGUCCCCUGUGGCGCCUUCAUGCCCGUCUUUGUCAUCGGGGCGGCAUUCGGUCGUCUGGUGGGAGAGAGCAUGGCGGCCUGGUUCCCCGACGGCAUCCACACGGACGGAGUCAUCUACCCCAUCGUGCCCGGGGGCUACGCAGUCGUUGGUGCGGCUGCUCUGUCGGGGGCUGUCACCCACACGGUGUCCACGGCAGUCAUCGUGUUCGAGCUGACGGGCCAGAUCUCACACAUCCUGCCCGUGAUGAUUGCGGUGAUCCUGGCCAACGCCGUGGCCCAGUCCCUGCAGCCCUCCCUCUACGACUCCAUCAUCCGUAUCAAGAAGUUGCCAUACCUGCCCGAGCUGGGCUGGGGACACCAUGAGAAGUACAACAUCCGCGUGGAGGACAUCAUGGUGAGGGACGUGAGGUACAUCACCCUCAACUGCUGCUACCGGGACCUCCACAACGUCCUGCUCACCGGGAACCUCAAGACCCUCGCACUGGUGGAGUCUGCUGAGUCCAUGAUCCUGCUGGGCUCCAUCGAGCGGGCCCAGCUGCAGGCUCUCCUCUCCCAGCAGCUGGGCCGCGCGCGCCGCAUGGAGUACAUCCGGGAGAACGCCAUGGCCUUCAAGAAGUGCAUGUCUGACCCCGAGUCCCCGCCCCCUCCGCCCCCCGUGGAGGACACCAACAGCCAGCAGCGCCACUCAACCCAGGAGGUCCGCUUCCAGAUCACCACUGAGGAGUCCACUUUGAGUCCCACCCGGCCCACCCCCCAGAAACCCCUCAAACCUGCCCUAAAGAGACCAUCAGUCGUAGACCGCCCCCCCGAGAUCCUCACCGCAAAUAAUGAUAACUCGGGCAUUGCUUUAAAGAACCUGUUUUGUGCCAACCCUGAUGCAGAAGCCGUGGAGGACGACGGGGACACGGAGGACGACAUGACCAUCCGAGAGAUUGCAGAGUGGGAGGAGCAACAGCUUGAUGAACAGGUCAACUUCAGCAACUGCAAGAUCGACCCCGCCCCUUUUCAACUUGUGGAACGUACCUCACUGCAUAAGACCCACACCAUCUUCUCCCUGCUGGGCUUGGACCACGCCUACGUGACCAGCAUCGGACGGCUCAUCGGGGUGGUUUCCCUCAAAGAGCUGCGUAAGGCCAUCGAGGGCUCUGUGACGGUGAAGGGGACAAAGGUGCGCCCCCCGCUGGCCAGUUUCCGGGACAGCGGCACCAGCAGCAGUGAGAACGAGGCCACUGAGCUCCACAAGCUGUGGGACCGCCACAAGAGCAUGUCGCUCCCCCGCGAGCACACCCAGUCCGACUCGGACGAGAAAUCCCAAUGACGGGCCCGCUGAGAGGGGGAGAGGGAGCCAGCAUCGACUGCUACCCUUGAAAGCUGCCGACACAAAAGAAGAAAAAAAUGAAUCCUCAGGGUUUGGAUCGAUAUGUAAUUCUGGGAA